AAGUCACGUGCCCCUGACUUGGAUUCCUUGUUUCAGUCCGUUGGGCAGCGGCAUGGCUUCUCGUCGUGCUGGGGGGCUCCUUCGUGGGGUAACGUCACUUUUAUUGUUUUCCGUGUGUGUCGGCGUGGAGUUUAAAGGCUUCAGGAGGUUUCACGAGGUCGAACGGAGGAGCGUGUUGGAGGAGCAGUGGUUCAUCCAGAGACUGGAUCACUUCAAUGGGGCGGACACAAGAGUGUGGAAGCAGAGGUACUUUAUAAAUGAAGCUUUCUACAAACCGGGCGGUCCGGUGUUUCUGAUGAUCGGGGGAGAGGGUCCGGCCAACCCGGCCUGGAUGAAGGCGGGCGCCUGGCUGACCUACGCCCAGAAGCUGGGAGCGCUUUGCUUGAUGCUGGAGCAUCGCUUCUACGGAGAGAGCCACCCGACCGCCGACCUCAGCACGGACAACCUGCGCUACCUGAGCAGUCGCCAGGCGCUCGCCGACCUGGCGCACUUCCGCAGUGUGAUGGCGGAGCGCCGCGGGCUGGCCGACAGGAAGUGGGUGGCGUUCGGGGGCUCGUACCCGGGUUCUCUCGCCGCCUGGUUCCGGCUGAAGUACCCCCACCUGGUGCACGCCUCCGUGGCCACCAGCGCGCCGGUUCACGCCGCGGUCAACUUCCCAGAGUACCUGGAGGUUGUGUGGCGCUCGCUGGCCUCGGAGAACUCAAACUGCCCCGUCCUGGUAAAAAAGGCUUCGGUGACCCUGGCGGAGCGCCUGAAGGACCCCGAGACCUACGACAACAUCACCAAAGACUUCAACUUGUGUUCCAAACUGCAGAUCCAGACAGAGAUGGACGCGGCCUACUUCCUGGAAACGUUAGCGGGCAACUUCAUGGAUGUGGUCCAGUACAAUGAAGACAACAGGGGGUUCGAGGGUGCGACGGGCACAAACAUCACCAUCAAGGUGCUGUGUGGUGUGAUGGCAGACACCUCACUCGGGGAUCCCUACGCCCGCUACGCCGCCGUGGCCCGCCUCAUGAUGGACACCUUCUCCAUCAAAUGCCUGAACGCCAGCUACGAAGGCUACCGCCGGGACAUGACUGACGCGUCUUGGAGCGGGCCGGCCGCCGGGGGAGGGAGACAGUGGGUCUACCAGACCUGCACUGAAUUUGGAUUCUACCAGAGCACCGACUCUCCCAACCAACCGUUCACGGGCUUCCCUCUUGUGUAUCACGUGAAGCAGUGCGCCGACUUGUACAACGUGAGCGCCGAGCAGCUAGCGGAGGCCGUGGCCCAAACCAACGAGUUCUACGGCGGCUACGACAUCCGCUCCACCCGGAUAGUUCUGCCCAACGGCUCCAUCGACCCGUGGCACGCCCUGGGGGUCACCUGGGACAUCUCGCCGGACCUGCCGGCCGUUUUCAUCCAGGGAACAGCCCACUGUGCCAACAUGUACCCUGCCAGGAGCGAGGAUCUCCCCCAGCUGGCUCUGGCACGGGAUCACAUCUUCUUACUCCUGCAGAGGUGGUUGAAGCAGUGAUUGACAGCUCAACGGGCCAGGCGACGGCACGCAGUUCUUUUGCUGCCUUUUGAAAGAAAAACUAAAAAGGCACUUUACACAAGUGUGAGAUGGUGUUAUGAGCGAAUGAAGAAUAAAUGAUACUUUGACUACUGA